CUCACGCACGCCUGGUUCUCCCCCAUCUCCCCACCUUAGGCCGGGAAAUCAGUCCAAACCACGUCACAACCAUUCUCGUUGUCCAUGGGUGCUGGGUCCCUCGCCUGUUGCCCGACCUCUGAUUCUUGGGGCUGCCGGACGCGCAUUUAUUGCCACGUUCGUUUUGGUCUAGUGCACGUGGACCCCUGACCCAAACAACACCGCCCACCGACCCUGGACUCGAGCAGACUCGCCUCUUGUUGGUCUGAACGACGUCCCUCCCUCUCUCCCCUCCUCUCGGGGCUUUCCUUCUGUCCUUUCCCGUCCCCAGCUGUUUACUGUUCGGGUCAGAGUGAACAUGGCGUCAUCUGGCCCCUCGAACACCAUUAAGGUGGUUGCGAGGUUCCGACCGCAAAACAAAGUUGAGCUGGCCUCUGGAGGAGAGCCGAUUGUUGAAUUCGAAAAUGAGCAAUCCUGCUACGUUAAUGCCCGCGAUGGCUCUGGAGCCUUCACUUUUGACCAGGUGUUCCCGAUGGACUCGAAGCAAACGGACAUCUUCAACUUCUCGAUCCGACCCACCGUCGACGACAUCUUGAACGGGUACAAUGGAACGGUCUUCGCUUACGGUCAGACAGGUGCGGGAAAGUCGUAUACCAUGAUGGGUUCGGAUAUCGACGACGAUGUGGGCAAGGGUAUCAUCCCCCGCAUUGUCGAGCAGAUCUUCGCCAGCAUCCUCACGAGUCCAAGCAACAUCGAGUACACCGUCCGUGUGAGUUACAUGGAAAUCUACAUGGAACGAAUUCGCGAUUUGCUGGUGCCCCACAACGACAACCUUCCCGUGCACGAGGAGAAGUCGAGGGGUGUAUAUGUCAAGGGUCUGCUUGAGGUGUACGUCUCGAGCGUGCAGGAGGUAUACGAGGUCAUGCGGCGUGGUGGUGCAGCACGAGCGGUUGCGGCGACAAACAUGAAUCAGGAAUCUUCCCGAUCGCACUCCAUUUUCGUCAUCACUGUCACCCAGAAGAACCUGGAGACGGGCUCGGCAAAGAGUGGACAGCUGUUCUUGGUCGAUCUGGCAGGUAGUGAGAAGGUUGGAAAAACCGGCGCCAGUGGUCAAACGCUUGAAGAGGCCAAGAAGAUCAACAAGAGUUUGAGUGCUCUCGGUAUGGUCAUCAACGCGCUGACAGACGGCAAAUCCACGCACAUCCCGUACCGUGAUUCCAAGCUCACCCGUAUCCUGCAAGAGAGUUUGGGAGGUAACUCGAGAACGACAUUGAUCAUCAACUGCUCUCCCAGUAGCUACAACGAUGCCGAAACCAUCUCCACUUUGCGUUUCGGUGUGCGCGCCAAGGCGAUCAAGAACAAGGCGAAGGUCAACGCCGAGCUGAGCCCUUCGGAACUGAAGCAACUCCUCCGCAAGGCCCAGAGCCAAGUGACGAACUUUGAAACCUACAUCUCACAGCUUGAGACUGAGGUUCAUGUAUGGCGCAGUGGCGAGGCCGUCCCGAAGGACCGUUGGACCCCUUCUCGGGGAGACGCUGUGAGCAUGACGAAGGCCGAGGCUCGUGCGCCGCGGCCUGGCACGCCCUCUCGUUUCCAGGACACUCCUCGAUCCGAGACCCCUCGUCCCGAGUCGAGACUGGGUGAUCGCUCCAGCACGCCCAGCCUUGUCCUGGAAAAGGACGAGAGGGAAGAGUUCCUCCGGCGCGAGAAUGAGCUUCAGGAUCAGAUCGCGGAGAAGGAGUCGCACAUUGCGAGUAUCGAGAGGGGCCUCCGUGAGGCACGGGAGGAGUUGAAGAACAUGAAGGAGAACUCUGCGCGCUCCGGCAAGGACAACGAUAAGCUGACGACCGAAGUGAACGAACUCCGCAUGCAGCUGGAGAAGGUGUCCUACGAAAGCAAGGAGGCUGGCAUCACCAUGGACAGUCUCCGUGAGGCCAACUCCGAGUUGACGACCGAGUUGGACGACAUCAAGCAGCAGCUCCUUGAUGUUCGGAUGAAGGCUAAGGAAACCAGCGCCGCACUGGACGAGAAGGAGAAGAAGAAGGCCGAGAAGAUGGCGAAGAUGAUGGCCGGAUUCGACUUGGGCGGCGACGUGUUUUCCGACAACGAACGCAAACUUCAGGACCUGAUCCAGCGCGUCGACGCUUUGCACAAGGUCAGCGAAACGGGCGAGACGAUCGCGCCCGACGACCUUCUGGAGCUGCGGGCGAGUCUCUUGGAGACCCAAGGGUUCAUCCGUCAAGCCGAGCUCACGAUGAACGACCGGGGCGAACUCGGCGAGCUGCAGGACAGCCGUAGAGCGGAACUUGAGCAGAAGCUGGCGACUCUCGAGCGGGACUAUGAGAACCUUCUGGAGCGGAACCUGGGCGAGGGCGACGUGGAAGAGAUCCGGGAGCGGCUGGAGAAGGUGUACGUGACCCGGAAGGAGGCCGAAUUGCAGGCAGUCACGGACCUUCGCAGCCAGAUUGCAAGCAAGGAUGAGGAGCUGGACCAACUGCGCGCGUCCCUUGCAGACUCCCAGUCCCGUGUCACCACCAACGGUGCGGCGGGCAAGAACCUGCAGCAGCAGAUUGCCGACUUUGACGCGAUGAAGAAGUCGCUCAUGCGUGAUCUGCAGAACCGCUGCGAACGCGUUGUGGAGCUCGAGAUCUCGUUGGACGACGCCCGGGAGCAGUACAACAACGUGCUCCGGUCGUCGAACAACCGGGCGCAGCAGAAGAAGAUGGCGUUCCUGGAGCGGAACCUGGAGCAGUUGACUCAUGUGCAGCGGCAGCUGGUGGAGCAGAACAGCAGCCUGAAGAAGGAGGUUGCGAUUGCGGAGCGGAAGCUCAUUGCGCGGAACGAGCGGAUCGCGAGCUUGGAGAGCCUGCUCCAGGAGAGCCAGGAGAAACUCACCCAAGCCAAUCACCGGUUCGAAGCGCAACUUACGGCGGUCAAAGAGCGACUGGAGGCAGCGAAGCAGGGCUCGACGAGGGGUCUUCCAAGUAUGGAUGGCAGCGGCGGUUUCAGUUUUGGCGGCUCGAGAAUUGCGAAGCCGCUCCGGGGCGGCGGCGGAGGGAACGAGAGCAGUGCUCCAGUGGCCGGCGUCCAGUCGCAGGAGUCCGGGAAGCGCACCAGCUGGUUUUUUGAUAGACGAUGAUCCACGAUUUCUCUUUUGCUGUCUCUUUUAUCCAUUCUCCGAAAAUAUUUGAAGCCCUGUGCAAUGGUGAUCUCCUCGCCGCUUUGCCGGCCGUGGGACGAAAUCAUUCCUUGUUUCAUGAUCUUUUCCUUGUUCUUCGUUUCGUUCGUUCGUUGAAUCUGGCACAUUAGGAGUCCCGAUGUUACGAGAGGCCCAUGGUUCUCACCGAUACCCUUGUACAUGACAGAUAGAUGUGUUGACAGCCACCGUGUGGGAUGAGACAGGUGGCUGGUCGAUAGAAAUGAUAGUUUGAUUGUGUGAU